AUGGAUGGCCAACAAUUUUUGAAAGUUCAGAAGAACUUAUUCCGUAUAUCCGACAUCCGUAAAAAGACGGAACUCUCUACUCAUAAGGGCUGUAUCUUGUGGGGUAGUAGAGUAGUUGUACCUCCCACAUAUCAAAAUCAAAUUUUAAAACUUCUUCAUGGUUAUCAUCCGGGAAUCAAUUUAAUGAAGGCCUAUUCCCGUAGCUAUGUGUGGUGGCCUAAUCUUGAUAAGCAAAUAGAAUUAGAAGUCAAACGAUGCGACCAAUGUCAAACAAAUAAAGGAAAUCCACCAGCUGCACCACGACAAUUUAUUAAGCCCCCAGAAGAUCCAUGGAAUACCUUACAUAUAGAUUUCGCUGGACCAUUCCAGGGAUGUACAUUUUUGGUCAUAGUGGACCAUAUGUCAAAGUGGCUUGAAGUAAAAAUAGUACGCAAUUUGUCAUCGACCGAAGUGAAAAAUAAAUUGCGUCAGGUAUUUGGUAUACAUGGCCAACCCAAAAGAAUUAUUUCAGAUAAUGGUACGGCUUUUGUGUCUGCUAAAAUGCAGCAGUUUUAUACUUUAAAUGGUAUUAAGUUCAAUUUAACGGCUCCAUACCACCCAUCCAGUAAUGAACAAGCGGAACGUAUGGCUCAAUACUUAAAGACAUCUCUCAAGACCAUGUCAGAGGGAGACAUGCAGACCAAACUGCAACGUGUUCUGUUUAAACAACACACGACACCUAACACAACAACAGGAAAAACACCAGCUGAGCUGCUGAUGGGACGAAGGUUUCGAACUGCAUUAGAUGCCAUGCAUCCGGAUGAUGGACAGAUAAAUCCGGUGAGUCCAGAUUCAUCUUUUGGUCAGGUAAGAAGUUUUAAGAUUGGAGAUACUAUUUAUUUUCGAAAUUAUUCGAUUGGACCACUCUGGCUGGAAGGUGAAAUUAUCGAAGUAACUGGUCCCGUUUCCUAUGUAGUAAAAUCAACUGAUAAUAAAAUCGGUCGCUGUCAUAUCGAUCAAAUCAAACGCCGCCUAACCAACAACCAAAGCCGCCUAACCGACAGCCAUACGUUUCAGAUUCCAUUUAAAGGUGAUGACACUGAGUUUCCGUUAUGGACGAGUGAUAAAAGCGCCUAA